CCGUCACCGCCGCCCCGGCCCCGCCCCCUCGGAGCCGAAGAGCCUAGGCCCGCGGGUCCGCGUCUGCCUGCCCACCGGCAGCCAUGCCGCUGUACGAGGGCCUGGGGAGCGGCGGGGAGAAGACGGCGGUCGUGAUCGACCUGGGAGAAGCCUUUACCAAAUGUGGAUUUGCUGGAGAAACCAGUCCAAGAUGCAUAAUUCCUAGUGUGAUAAAAAAAGCUGGCAUGCCUAAGCCUAUCAAAGUUGUUCAAUAUAAUAUCAAUACAGAAGAAUUAUAUUCCUACCUAAAGGAAUUUAUCCACAUACUGUAUUUCAGACAUUUGUUGGUGAAUCCCAGAGAUCGCCGAGUCGUGGUUAUUGAAUCAGUACUGUGUCCUUCCCACUUCAGAGAGACACUCACUCGCGUUCUCUUCAAGUAUUUUGAGGUUCCGUCUGUCUUGCUUGCUCCAAGCCAUCUAAUGGCUCUUCUGACACUUGGGAUAAACUCUGCUAUGGUCCUGGAUUGUGGAUAUAGAGAAAGCCUGGUGUUACCUAUAUAUGAAGGAAUCCCAGUACUAAAUUGCUGGGGAGCACUCCCCCUAGGAGGAAAAGCUCUGCACAGGGAGUUGGAAACUCAACUAUUGGAGCAAUGUACUGUUGACACAGGUGCUGCUAAAGAACAGAGCCUUCCCUCUGUGAUGGGUUCAAUUCCAGAAGGUGUCUUAGAGGACAUUAAAGUGCGCACUUGCUUUGUAAGUGAUCUGAAACGUGGACUAAAAAUCCAAGCAGCAAAAUUUAAUAUCGAUGGGAAUACUGAGCGUCCCUCACCACCCCCAAAUGUUGACUACCCAUUAGAUGGAGAGAAGAUUUUACAUGUCCUUGGAUCAAUCAGGGAUUCGGUUGUGGAAAUUCUUUUUGAACAAGAUAAUGAAGAGAAAUCCGUUGCCACUUUAAUAUUGGAUUCCCUUAUGCAGUGCCCGAUAGACACCAGGAAGCAAUUAGCAGAGAACUUGGUAAUCAUAGGUGGCACAUCUAUGUUGCCAGGAUUUCUCCAUAGAUUGCUUGCAGAAAUAAGAUAUUUGGUAGAAAAACCAAAGUAUAAGAAAACACUUGGCACCAAGACAUUCCGUAUUCAUACUCCACCUGCAAAAGCUAAUUGUGUGGCCUGGUUGGGAGGAGCUAUUUUUGGAGCACUGCAAGACAUACUGGGGAGCCGUUCUGUCUCAAAGGAAUAUUACAAUCAGACAGGCCGUAUUCCUGAUUGGUGUUCUCUUAAUAACCCACCUUUGGAAAUGAUGUUUGAUGUUGGGAAAACUCAACCACCUCUGAUGAAAAGAGCAUUUUCCACUGAGAAAUAAAAGUUUGAAUAAAUUCAACUUUGUUUCAUUUCAUCUAUCAGACCAAUUAUAAGCAAAUUGUACAAAGUAUGCAAGAUGCUGUUAGAGACGACUUUUGUGGAAGUGAAAGCAUUUCUGUAAUUACUUUUCACAUUAUUUAAUACUUUCGACUUUUGUUUUUCUUGUGUAGUGGUAGAAUGGUAGCUGAUGCUUAUGAAAUACAUUGUAUUUCUAUCAAUAAAAUAUAGUAAAGCA